CUGUGAAUUUUACAAAUUAACAGUGAGAAUGUGGCUUAAACUGGAUUAAAAUACGAUCACUAUGAAGGAGAGAACGUCGCAGUCAAAAGUAGGAUCAGCAUGACGCGAAUCAGGAGGAAGUAUUGAAAUUGAAAUUCAAAGAGACAAACGAAUGGAAUGGAGAUAGAAACAGCAUCUGCAGAUGACCUUAACAACAGUGAUGCCUGGAUGGCAGAAGUCAAUCUGUCAGCAGUGGCUGAAGAAUUUGAGAGAAAUAUGUCUGGAAUUCACUCAGCUGAUUUGGCCAAAACAGAUGGAGAGUAUCAGACUAAAAGUGUCUCAGACUCUUGCAUGUCAGUGCAAGAGAUUCAUUUACAGGAGAGGUUCAAUUUCAACUUGAAGAAAGAUGUGCUGAUUGAUACUAAAUCUGUCAGAACAUCAACACUUUCAAAAAACUCAAGUGCAGUUUCAUCGUCUAAAACAUUAAGAACAUCUAGCCCACUGAAUGUCAGCUCUGAAAUGUUAUGCAAUAAGGAUAAUCUGCUUGAUCUUUCAAGCCAAGAUGAUUUAUUUGAAGAUUCAGCACUGGGACAGACAGAUCUGUCAACUGAUGGCCAGAGUGACUACAUUCAGACACCACCAGGCAAAGAGUUUGAUCAUUCGGUCUUUGCUAAUCACAUAGGUGCUUCAGAAGACUUUAUAAACACUGCAAAUAAACAAUCCCAAUGUAACUUCUCAGAUUGUGCCUGUCCUAGCUCAGCUGUUUUGGAUUCCACGAGACCUGCAGUAACACAUAAUCCUUUUAUACAGUCUGAUCCAUUGACAAGCCUGAAAAACAGGAUGAAAGAGAGAUUGCUUACAAAUGCUACUGCUGACAAACCUCUUCAAAAUACACUGCAGGAACUCAGAAAUGAGAGCAUUUCCAGGGCACAGCUUGAAGCUUCUCAGAUAAGGCGUGAAAUAUCCAGCCAAGAUGUUGGUCCCUUCUUUGGCCUCCCUACUAAAGUGCAAGAGUUACUAGCUACUAACCGCAAAAUCAUGAAGUUGUAUGAAUGGCAAGAGCAUUGUUUGCAACUGCCAGCAGUUUACAAGGGAGGUAACCUUAUCUACACAUUGCCAACAAGUGGUGGGAAAACAUUAGUUGCUGAGAUUCUCAUUUUGAGACAACUGUUGUGCAGAAAGAAGGAUGCUAUAAUGAUCCUUCCAUAUGUGUCAAUAGUACAGGAAAAGGUGCGUAUUCUCUCAGAGUUUGCAACAGAACUAGGCUUCCUUGUAGAAGAGUAUGCAGGUAGCAAAGGACGAUUCCCACCAACCAAACGGCAAGUCAAACACAGCCUGUACAUCACAACUAUAGAGAAAGGGCAGUCACUGGUCAACUGUCUGCUGGAAGCUGAACGUUUAAAUGAGAUAGGGCUUGUUGUUGUUGAUGAGCUGCAUAUGAUUGGAGAGGGUGGAAGCAGAGGAGCUGUAAUGGAGUCCACACUGCUGAAACUUUUAUAUGGAACAAAUGAACCACCACAGAUAAUUGGGAUGAGUGCUACCCUGAACAACAUUGCAGAUCUUUGCAAGUUCUUGAAGGCAGAAGUUUUUUGCAGUGAUUUUAGACCGGUUGCCUUGACAGAGUAUGUGAAGGUGGAGGUUAAUUUGUUCAAAGUUGACAACACUGCUUUAGUACCUGAUGACAGGCUUCAACAUGACAGAUUUCUCACAUUCACUCAAACACUAGAUGCCAAAAAGGUUGACCCUGACCAGCUGCUGGACCUGGUACUAGAAAUAAUUCCUGAUAAGUCUUGCUUGCUCUUCUGCCCAACCAAGAAGAACUGUGAAAAUGUGGUCCAGAUGCUAGCUACACUCAUUCGCAAGCACCAUCAAAAGCAUGCUGACAUUAAUAAAGAACAGCGCAGGGCCUUGUUGCAAGAGCUCAAGAUGGAUGGAGGAGGCAAGGUUUGCCCCACUUUAUGUCGAACCAUCCCCUAUGGGCUAGCUUAUCACCACAGUGGCCUUACUACUGAUGAGAGACGUGUCAUUGAAAAUGCUUACUCUGAUGGCAUUCUUUGCCUUCUGACAUGCACAUCUACACUUGCUGCAGGAGUGAACUUACCAGCAAAAAGGGUAAUCCUUCGAAGCCCAUUUGUGGGAGCAGACUUUAUGAAGCACAGCCAGUAUAAACAGAUGACUGGCAGGGCAGGAAGAGCAGGAAUAGACUCCUCUGGAGAGAGUAUUCUUAUUGCCAAGAAUUCUGACAUGCCCAAGGUUCUGGAAAUGUUGUCAGGCCCACAAGACAUAUGUCACAGCAGCCUCAUGUGUGACAAUGGGAAGGGACUACGCUGUCUUAUUCUCUCUCUUAUUGGCCUGAAGAUAGUAAACACCAUCGAGAGCAUACUAAUGGUUAUCAGCCAGUCUCUUCUUGCUAUUCAAGCUUCGACCCUGGGUGUAGAUGUUACUCUGGCCACACGAAAUGCUCUUCAAAAUCUGUUGGAUGAGGGUCUUGUCAUACAGAAGAAUGUGUCUCAGUGCAUGCGGUCACAAGGAAAGAAAGGAACAGAGCAUCAGACAAAGACACCAGCCUUGAAUCCAACCAAUGUUCUUGGUGAUAUUCCUCCAGAAGACAUUUCUCAGAGUUCAAUGAGAAAAAGCCAGAAUUCGACACCGUGCUUGCUCAAAGAAAUCAUUUGUUUUCAGAAUUCACCAGAAGAAAGAAAAACUGCUGGUGAACCAAUAGGAGAUGAUCAAAGCGAGACAGCUCAGGCCAAAAGGCAAAGGAUGUCAGAAAGUCAGGAUGCUGUGUUAGAGCCAGGCUUAGACAUUGCAGGUUCUGGCUUUUUAGGCAUUCAGACCACAAAGCACUCACAGAGCAACCAAGUUUGUCAUGAAGAUGGACACCUAACAAAGAUGAAGGAUCCAUGUGCUGAGAAAAAGAUAAAUAUUGUUGCUGAACAAACCAGAUUAAGUGAUCUUGUAAUUGAGGUCACUGGGCUAGGAAAAGCAACUUUCAAAGGUUCUGUGGACUUACAAUGUGGAGGUCGAUUGUACCAAGAUCUCAAACACGGGGAACAGUCACUUGUGCUAGUCAACUAUCUGCAUUUGAUGUUUCUUGUCACACCUUAUGAGAUGGCAAGAGAUGUUUCCCCUCACUGGAUGAUCUACCUUGACCAGUACAGCAGAUUGUCACCAGACGAAAUAAAAGUAGCCAAUCUGAUUGGAGUACCAGAAAGCUACCUUAUUAAAAAAGCUACAGCACAGGCAUGUCGACAGAAAGUUGAUGUCUUAACCAUACAGCGGUUUUUUCUUACACUAAUGCUGUAUGACCUCUGGCGACAAGUUUCCAUUUGGGAUGUAGCUGAGCGAUAUCAGCAGCCAAGAGGUUUUGUCCAGAAUCUGCUGUCUUCAACAGCUAGCUUUGCAUCUUGUGUUCUCCGGUUCUGUCAGGAGUUACCUGAGUUCUGGCCUUAUCAAGAACUUCUUGGAAAUUUUGUCCGAAAUUUAGCAUACUGUGUUAGUAUGGAGCUUAUUCCAUUGAUGGAAGUACCUGGUAUCAAACUGGGAAGGGCUAAACAGCUAUACAGUGCUGGAUAUCAGACACAGCAAGCCCUGGCAUCUGCGGAUCCCCGAGAACUUGUGGCCCGAGUGAAAUUCCUGACCCAUAAAGCAGCUCGUCAGCUUGUCUCAGCUGCCAAGGUUCUUUUGGAGGAGAAAGCAGAAGCUUUGCUGGAGAAAGUUCAGGAGCUUGUGCCUUUACCACUUCUCAAUCUAGAGAGCACUUCAAUGGGAAUAAGUAAUGCCUAUCCUGUCACGGCGCUAGAGAAUGAAGACACCAGAGUCCCUCAGACCAGAUAAUACCAAGAACACUAACCCAGAAAUUCAAGGAAACAGCUAGCAAUCCUGCUGGAUUAUCGCUCUUGUACUUUUAUUGAAUCUAUCUGUAUAACAUGGGAUAGAUGGGAUAAGAUGGGCUACAUAACGUUUCUGUGGCUGUAAUAGUGAUAAAACAGGUAAGAUUUAGUAGUAGGUUUUAGGAUUUUGUUUUGCUUUGUUUUGUUUUUUUAACUGGUGGUUGGUAGGGUGGGUGUGAGAGACUGCUGUUGGGUGAAAACUAAAUGCAAAUAACAUAGCAUGAACGAAUGACUGUCCAUGAAAAUUUUGAUGAAAAUGGAGUUUGGGUUAAUUAAAGCUUCAUUAUGAUGAGAUGUGAUAUUCUUUAGGAAUGAUCAGAAAUUCUUUUGUAUACUGUUUAUAGAUUUUUGUAAUUUCAGAUUCAUUGAUGAUUUAAGAAAUAAUUAACAGAAUAAAUGUCAUAUUUCAUGUAGCUGUUAUCGUGGUCUCAUGAAAACACCUUCUAAUUGUGACUCAUUCCAUGUGCACUGCCAUAACAAGAAGACAAAUACAAAAUCGUCUUGCUCUCUCUCAUCUCCCACACACAUACACACAGAAAAGAGAUCAGAAACAACCUUCAUUCACUAAAGAAAGCAAUGCAUGAUAUAAAUUAUAAUUUUUAAUAUCCAAGGGCAGACAUAAUUUAUAUUUAGACAUUUUACAAUUCGUUUAAAACAGAUCUCUAGACAUAGUGCUUUGUACAAUGAUGAAGACUUUGCUGCAUUGACAGUGUUUGAUAUCCAUUAAAGAUAUCCAUAUUAAAUCGACGGACUUGAUAAUGAGCAUUACACGCAUGCACUUUCGAUCUCAAGUACUGAAUAAUAAAAACAAAGACUGUGCCAUCGAUAUAUAGUGACUACAUUCAUCGAUCCCAGAAAUGGACAGGUAUUCGCACAUGUUAACGUGCACCCACAUAAAGUUACGCACACAAAGACAACGAAAUGUGGGUGUUUUACCGAAAGACAAGAUUAUGAAGACAGAAAAUAAAAAGAAUAUACCAGUGGUGCUCGGUGACUGUCUAUGCCAAU